GCAGCUGAUUUUUGUUUAUUGACGAACUUAAUAUUUUGGAUUAACGAUGAUUGCAAAUGGGAAAAGAACUCGUGCGAAAAACUUCACCAUGGGUGAGGAAUUGAUUCUGGAGUACCUGGUCCUGCAGCACAAGGAUGUGGUUUGCAGUCAGAAGAGCGGUGCGGAUGUAUGGCGCAAGAAAAAAGACACCUGGAAACAGAUCGCCGCAGAUUUUGCAGUUCAAUCUGGAAUUGAACGUCCGUGGCAGGCAUUGCGCGAUAAACACAUAAAUUCCACUCGAUUAAAGCGAGUAAAGGGACUCAAUGAAAUGGGCAAUAAAACUACAUUCAAUGAUACGGACUCCCAGCGAGAUUUGUCCAAUUCAGCCGUCUCUACAAUCAGUGGAGCUGUUAAAGAUGAAGAAAGUAGCUCCGACUUUGAUCCAGAAUAUGAAUCCAAAAACACCUUUAGAAGCACCUCCAGUGAACCUCCGUACGAGCAGGACAACUCAAACUUUUCGACUUCAAAAGUCAAAGUAAAAUCAGUCAAUGAUUUGAGAAAAGAGGAGGCCACAAACAUCCUUACAGAUGAAAAACUAAAUCUGCUGAAAGUCCAACAAACUUACUAUCGAAAUGAAAACUCCAGGGCAGCCGAGCAGCACAAAGUCGAGAUGGAAAAGCAGAGAAUCGAACUAGAACAGCGGAAAGUAGAGCUUGAGCAGUACAAACUGGACUUGGAAAGGUUUCAGGUGGAACUGCAGGGAAAGCGCCUGAAAAACAAACUACUCGAAAUGGAAAUCCUUGAGAAACAGGGCAACAUCAAGGAUAGCAAAGAGACUACUUAAGAACUAAAACAACUUUUAAUAUAUAACUUAUAAUAAGGUAAGUUCAUGACACAUAAGUAAUGGUACUAAGGAAAAGUUUCCGUUUAGAAUUUAAGAAAAUCAAUUCUAUUAGGAUUAUACUUCAACAUUUGCCACAAAAAAUAAUAAUUUAACUCAAAUCAAUAACUUGAAUAUGGUUUCUUUGAUAUGACUAUUACUUUAAAAUGUAUAAUUGAAAAGCUUUAUUAUGACUGAAAUGUUUAAAGUUUUUCAGAUUCCCCAAAUCUUCUUCCACAUAUUAGCUUAAGCUGAAUUUAUCUGCUUUAAGAUUUAUCCUCCUUAAUUGAAAUUUAAAUUUAGCUUUAUGACUCAUUAUUAGUAAUGAAGAGCUUCAGCUCAGAAGUAAAGGACUCAAAUAAAAAUCUUGAAUAUAUGUUCUUUGAUUUAAAAUCAAAACUAUAAAGUUUAAUACUUCAAAUUUAACA